CUACUGUCAACUGUCACUGUCACUUUUAUUUUCAGUAUUCUAAAUAAUUUUCUCAAUUUCUUCUGAAAUUCUGUAAAUUGCGCUCAGAUUUUUAAUAUUGGUCUCAAAUAAAACAAGACAAUAGAAAUGGCAUCAUUCCACAAAAUCAUUGUUAUUGUAGGAUUUAUAUCUCUGUUCCAUUCAGCGUUUUCAGCAGCCCAACAUCGAUCUUACCUAAGAAUCACCUCACAAGAGUUCACGAGUUUGCCGUUGGAUAUCAUGGUACAAGCAGUAAUAAGCUUAUUCGCCGUGAUGUGGGGUGUCCUCAACGUGGCGGGAAAUCUCCGGGAAAUCCAAGCUGCAGCUGAGUUGAAUGCUACAAAAUGGGACACUCAACUGAAUUUCCCCUCAUUCUACAUAUUCAACCACCGAGGCCGUGCUUUAGCACAGAACUAUGUUCGAAGUGCUGGGAAAUCAGAACUAGAAAAUUCAGAAUAGUCUAUUUUGUAUUUUAUUAUAUUGUAAGAAUAAUAAUUUAAUGGUAAUAUAAAGGUUAUUGUAAGGUUCACACAUGUGUUCAUUCAUUAUUUAUAAGCCAUGUCAAAACCAAAUUAAUAAUACAGUACACAUAAAAUCCUAA